UUUGAAUGUACCAUCAAAGUAGAAUUAGAAAUUUUAAUUAUUUGACGUGUUUUGUAAGAUGAUAAUUUUAUAAUUUUGGUCUCAUAUUUUCAAACUUAGCAAAAAUGAAUCCCGCUUAUCUGUUUGGUUGUUUGCUAUCUGUGAUUGUUGGAUCGAUUUGUAGCGAAAAGUUGAGCGAUGAUGAAUGUCAUCAAAUUGGAUACAAUCCUUCCGAAUUAUAUUGUAAUCGAUGUUCUGAAUUGACAAAAUUUGAACUGGACAGUUUAAAAGAUUCCUGUAUGAAAUGUUGUCGUCAAGAUGAUUCCGAUAAUUCGAAAAAGUAUUCGUUUGCUCGACUAGAAUAUUGUGAGUGUAACAUUGCAAAUUUUCCCCAAAUCAAAGCAUUCAUUCGUGGUGAUAAAUCGAAGAAAUAUUCAAAUCUAAAAAUAAAAUUUGUUCGUGGUAUACUGCCCAUACUGAAAUUAUUGAAUGAACAUCAUGAUGUUGUUGAUGAAUUGAAUAUACAAAAAUGGGAUACCGACACCAUUGAAGAAUUUCUUGAUCAACAUUUAUUAUCCUAAAUAACCUUUGUCCUUUUGUUUGUUUAUUUAUCUUUUCUCUUACAUCAAUCUAUUUAUGGCACAAUUAUGAUGAAUAAAUGAAUUGACACUACCCA